CAAUCAGGACACCAGACCAGGGCGGGGCACACGGCGCAUGACGUCGAUCCGGACACGUGAUACUACUACUCGUGGUAUACGACUGUGCUGGGAUAACCGCACAGGUGCUCCUACAGUCAGCGACUCUGCCAACAAAUAUAAGUGCACACGCCGCUGUAGAGCUAUAGCAUGGAGAAUUCAGUCUAUGAGGGAAGCGACAAGAAGCGUGCGGGAAUCUUGACGCGUUCUCUAGAGACAGGUUGUAUUCUAACCCAGCCAAUUGGAUACAUUGAAUCCUGUUUCACAGCUAAAAAUGGUACACCUAGACAACCCUCUAUUUGCAGUUUGUCUCGUGGCUGCUUAAGAAUAAGCAAAACUGUUUUUAAUAAUCCAGAGCAUUCCGUAAUGGACCUGCAACAUUUCUCUCAUAUAUGGAUUUUAUUCAUUUUUCAUAAAAAUGGUCAUUUAAGUUGCAAAGCAAAAGUCCAACCGCCGAGACUGAAUGGAGCAAAAACGGGAGUGUUUUCUACAAGGAGUCCUCAUCGUCCCAAUGCAAUUGGACUAACUCUGGCCAAACUGGAGAAAGUAGAAGGUGGCACUCUCUAUUUGUCUGGUAUUGACAUGAUACAAGGCACUCCAGUUAUUGAUAUAAAGCCUUAUAUUGCGGAAUAUGAUUCCCCACAACCUGUGCAUUCCUGUGGGGAGGAGCAGCAAGAAAGGAAGAGGCAGUACCAAAAAUGUGAAGAUGCUAUUUCCAAUAUGUCGGGGUCUGUUUCAUCUGAACAGCACCAAGAAAAAUCCCAGCAAAAUUAUAUUACGCGCUUCCCUAGCACAGAUGACACUUCUGCAGAUAAACACGAGAUAUCGGAUAGUCAAAAGGGAAUAUUAAAUGACAAAAACCAGACUCUGACUUUGGAGACUGUUGCUGGACCAUCUGUUGUUGUUGAGGGUCCAUGCUCUUCCAGGCAGCCUAAAGAUGGUUUAAAUGCACCGAGACAGUCAGAGUUAAUGUGUGAAGAGGCGACAAGCAAAAAGGAAAUCAAAAACAGACUAAGCAGUCAGAGUUGUGCCCCAAACUGGGUGAAAGACUCGCCUGUGCCGAGCUUAAAAGUCAGGUUUACGCCUCACUCAGAAAUGGAGUUGAGACAAUUUAAAUCUCCGCGUGACUCAGGAGGACCAUCAUUCCGCUACUUCCAGUCUUUUGAAGAAGCAAAAUGUGCAAUAAGUAAUGUGCUAUCUGCCGACCCCCGAUCAGUUUACAGAAGAAACCAGUGUCUAGACCGUCUUUUUUAUUUCAGCCUUGAUACCAUUCACAUCACUUGCUGGUUUGGUGAUGGAUUUGCAGAAGUACUUAAAAUACAACCUGUUGCAGGGCAGCCUGAGUCUAAGAAUUGAUGUUAACUCUCCAUGUUGAUAAUGAACCAUAUUCAUCUUUUGUGAAAUAAUGUUGUGUUUUUGUUUUGUUUUUUUAUGAAUAUUUUCUCCCUUUUCUUUCAAGUAGUGCAAGUAAUACCCCUUUUAGACCGCCAGCAAUAACCCAGGUGAACACGCAUGCACCCAGGCUGCGGCACACUUUGCAAGGGGCCAGGAAAAAUAACCCAGGUCGAGUGACCUGGUAUUUCAACUCUGUUAGUGAGCAGGGUUGAACACUGGUUCAACCCGGCUCGCAGUGCAGUGUGAAUGGGUACACCGAGUCGAUGUUACCCAGCACCUGUUCACACCAUAGGAAAAAGUGGCACUUGGAGAUCAUCUCCUCUCCAAGUGCCGCCUCCGCAAACACCGGCGGUGACGUCACCAACCUGGCUAAAAGCCGGGUCUGGCCGCCAGUCAGAAAGGGGUCUCAGCCGGGAGCGGUCUGAAAGGGGUAUUUGUGACACUGCUUAUGGUGUCAGGUUGGCCUUACCAUUUAGCUAUAUUGCAGUGAAUUUUGGGGGUAAUUCCGAGUUGAUCGCAGCAGCAAAUUUGUUAACAGUUGGGUAAAACCAUUUGCACUACAGGUGUGGCAGAUAUAAAAUUUGCAGAGAGUUAGAUUUGGGUGGGGUUUGUUCAAACUGAAAUCUAAAUUGCAGUGUAAAAAUAAAGCAGGCAGUAUUUACCCUGCACAGAAACAAUAUAACCCACCCAAAUCUAACUCUCUCUGCAAAUGUUAUAUCUGCCCCCACUGCAGUGCCCAUGGCUUUGCCCAGCUGCUAACAAAUUUGUUGCUGCGAUCAACUCAGAAUUACCCCCUUUAUCAGGAAUAAAACCUUGAACUGAUUCUGAAGCGUUUACAACCAUUUCAGAUUGCACUUUACACAGGGAAAAGUAAGUUUUAUGUAAAAUAUUUUUAAUAAUAAAAUCUGUCUUCUAGUUUUUUCAUUUUUUUUUAUUAUUUUUUUAAUAAAAAUUCUGUAUUUUUGAGAA